GUCUGACUGAGACGGUUUCUAAGUCAACUCUGCCGUCGAAGAAGCAGCAUUCCUCUCUUUUCGAUUCACCUUCAUUCUAAAAACCAGCUCAAGAUGUCUGACGUCGAGGAGACCCCCGCCGACAUUCCCCAGGAGGAAGUCGCUGCCAACGCCGACGAUGCAGCUCCGGCCCCGAAGGCUGCCAUGAAGAUUGAGGACGCUCUGCAAGAGGUCCUCAAGAAGGCGCUUAUUCAUGACGGUCUCGCCCGUGGUCUCAGGGAGUGCACCAAGGCCCUCGACAGGCGCCAGGCCCACCUGUGCGUCCUCGUCGAGAGCUGCACCGAGCAGGAGUACCUCAAGCUCAUUGAGGCUCUGUGCAACGAGCACAAGAUUGACUUGCUCAAGGUCAGCGACGCCAAGACUCUAGGCACCUGGGCCGGUCUUUGCAAGAUCGACCGCGAGGGCAACCCGCGGAAGGUCGUCGGCUGCAGCUGUGUCGUUGUCCGCGACUACGGCGAGGAAAGCGAGGGCUUGAACGUUCUGUUGGAGUACUUCAAGAACCGCUAAUUGCUUCGCCAUCUUCUGUAGCAUACUUUUCGCGCGGCUGGCUAAACGCUUUGCAUGCGUGGAUGCGAUCAAAAGACGAAUCCUCUUGAACUUAUCGUUUCUACAAUCUCUUGUGCUAUUCUCCAAUGUACUUGG